AUGAAACUAUUGUUCUCGACUGUUCAGGUUGUUGAUAAAUUACAAUCUUCUGGAAAAUCUUCAAGGGAUGGUUGGAGAACAGAGCUUCCAAGUUCAGGAUUAGGAAAUAUGGUUUUAGAGCAAAUGAAAAAUGAGAAAGAAAAGGAUGCAGCUUGGCAAGGAAAAUGUUCUGGUAUAUUGGAGGAAAUGAAUCUGAAGGAGAUGAAUCCAACAUCACAUAACAUGUAUGGACAAGCACAAGCUAUGGGUGGUCCACCUUAUAUGAAUAAUCCUAUGAUGAGGCCAACCUCAUCAGUUAUGGCCUCUCCAGAUGCUAUGAAUUUGUCAUCGGUUGAUGUUUACCGACAGAAACAUGAUGUUACAGCAACGGUUUGUUUCCUAACUUGA